AUAGAAGAAGGAAACGUCAUCCUCCCGGAAGUGUGCAUUUGGUACGAAAAUAAAUCUACGCGCGAUUAUACAUAGCUAACUUGCUCGUCACAGAGUUUCUGAAUUAUUUUCUCACUUUUGGUUUAGCGAAUCAAAACUGUAAGAAACGAACUACUGCUUAUCAAGCACUGUCAUCAUGGCCAAUUUGAAUGAAGCUGAUUUACCACCAAAUCUGACUUGCCUCAAAAAUGUUGAUACCAUUCUCCGAUGUCCCAUUUGUUUCGAAUUCCUGAGUAUCGCAAUGAUGACCAAAUGCUCUCACAACUUCUGCUCUUUGUGCAUAAGAAAAUGUAUGUCCUACAAAUUACAAUGUCCAGUAUGCAAUUCACCUACAACAGAACAGGACCUAAGAAACAACCGGAUACUGGAUGACCUGGUCACAAACUUUAAAUCUGCAAGACAGCAGUUGUCAAAUGCUAAUUUUGACUCGCCUCCAAUAUCCCGGAAGGCCCCGGCCUCAUCUGUCAAGUGUAAAAAACCUAGACAGACAACGGGCCCCAAGAAGGAGGCCUCCAUCUUCAAUCACUUUUUCCGAAAGGGGCCCACCACCUCCACAACUUCUCUCACUACAGAGGCCACGCCAGCACAGCAACCUAUUCCAUGCAGAAAGAGACUGUCUGGCACUCCUCUACGUAGCCAAACUGUGAAGGAGGGCCCCCGUCCUACACAGACUGUGAAAGUAGACCCUGAUCAUCAGGUCUCUGUGAAGGAGGAGCCCAUUGAGGACAUACCGCCCCAGGUGCUGGUGUCUGUAAAGAUGGAGAAGAUUGACUUCUCCAUGACAGGGCUGGCGUCCCUGGCUGAUUCACAGUCCUCAUCACAGGACCUGAAGCCUCUAGUUAAAGUGGAGUGUCCUGUGUGUUCUGUGGGCAUCCUUGAACAGUUCAUCAACAAGCACCUGGACAGCUGUCUGACCCAAGGGGAAAAGAAGGAGAGCCUUAGGAGCUCCCUAGGUGCCAAGAGGAAGCCGAUGAGGAAGCUGGUAUACACACUGCUGUCCAUGCAGGAGCUGAAGAAGAGGCUGAAGGAGUGCCACCUCUCUGCCCAGGGCACCAGAGACCAGCUGGUCAGGAGGCACCAGGACUUUGUACACUUCUACAAUGCCCAGUGCGACGCCCUCGAACCGAAAUCAGCCAAAGACAUCGCCAAAGAAGUGGAGGCCAACGAGAAGGCCAGGAACCAACUGCAGGGGAAAACCAAAUGUGCUAUGGUCUUCUCUAAGAACCUAAGUCUGGGGCAAAUCGACGAGAUGCAUUCAACUUACAGGAAGCAGCAUAACAGUGAGUUCUCCCGCCUUAUCGCCCAGGUCCGGGGUCGCCUGGAGACUGCGAGGACGAUGGAGAUAAAGCAGGAAGUGAGGGAUGAGGGAGGAGAGGAGGACCAGGGAGUGGGCUCCAGCUCUGCAGAUAAGGCAGCACAACAGGAACAGAGUGAUCCCAGCCCCAGUGACUCAGAGGCCUGCUGCGUAUUGAUGACAUCAUCCAUGGAGGAGCCCUCUGAGAAGCAGCAGCAGCCUUCUGUUGUAGCAGUCAUCUCCAGGUCACCCAGCCCAUGUCUCAGUGAGGUGUCCAUCAGCAGCUCCGUCUCCGACAUCUUCGCUGGCAGAUGCUAUGAAGUUUUGGAGAACGCCUCGAGUGGGAAACGGGCUUCCUGCUCCAAGGAGGAAGACUCUUCUCUGCCACUUGUCCUGGGAAAACGAGCCCGGAAAACCUGGGAAGAGGACAGGAAGGAGUCGAGCUGAACUCUGUUAAACGCCUUCACCUUUAUCUAAUUUCUUUAAGCAAAUUUUCAGGGUAUAGCAUGUUAAGCAAUACAUUUUAUUUGUCAUUUUAUAACUUGGUUUUUCCACCAAUUAGAUACAUUUUGAGUGGUGAAACUUGGUGGAGAAAAACCCAGUUUAUUUCACCUAAUUGUAAAAUUCUGUCAUAAAGAGCACAUAUGCGAAAUUCUGUUUUUUAACACUGGAUAAAAUGGUUCCUUUCGAGAAAAGGACCUUUGAAUGUUUUGGUACCUACUGGAGACCUCUCCUUUGUCCAUACCCAUUCAGCAUUGUUCAGACCCUGUUAAGCCAGCCCCACCCAUCUCUUUAAGGAUUCACAUGUGAGGUCAUGUGCUAAACAGUUAGUAGUGUAGUAAAGAUUAAGACUUAAAGUAGUAGCCUACGAUAAGGAAAAAUUCCAGGUAAACAGAAAGUAAAAAUAUUUUAUGAAUAUUAGAUUACGCUUACCCAGACACACUUGUCUAAAUUGAUGGGUCAUGUGAAAGAAAUUCUAUAAACCCCAGCCACAUCCAGUGGUGGAAAAAGUACUAAAUGGUCAUACUUGAGUAAAAGUAAAGAUAUCUUAAUAGAAAAUA